AUGUCAGACUCGGAAUCCGACGCACCCCAAGCCGUCUCCCUCUCCCAGUCCAAAAAGACGGCACGGAAGCAAGACAAGGAGGUCGAGUCGUUUCGCGCCGGAGAGAAGAAGAAGGAGAAGGAGAGGAAUAGGCAGAGGGAUUUGUGGUUGAAGGAGCAGGCAUCUUCGAAGACGAUUGAUGCUGACGAGACGAUAGAGAGUAAGGAAGGCAAAAAGGACAAGACAGGGAAACGGAAGAAGGGAAAUGAAGCAAUAGAGGAGGAUGAGGAGCAGAAGAGGUUAGAGGCACGGAUGGCGAGGGCUAUGGAGGAGGCGGGCGGCGAAGACGAUGAGGAGAUGGAUAUCGGUAUGGACGACGGUGAAGAGGGCGACGAGGAUAGCGACGAGGACGAGGACGAGGACGAGGAUAUGGAAGAACUCGAUGACGAUGACGAAAGAGAAGACGAAGAUGAGGAGGACGGCGACGAGGGCGAGGACGACAUGGAAGACGACGACGACGACGCUUCAGACCCAAGGUCGAAAUACCUUCCCGACCAUAUUUUCACCGCUGCCUUUUCGAAACCUUUGAAACCUCCAAGUACUACUACUCCCUCAAAACCACCUGCACCAAAAGCCUCUAAAGCAUCCAAGAAACGGAAACGUGUGCAGAGCUUGUCAAAAGAUAUUGUCCUCGGGUCUCGUACGAUCCGAACUCUCCCACCACCAUCCUCACACACCCACGCCGACAUACACACACCAGGUACUCUCGCCCCUCCUCCCCGAAUCAACAAGUUCCUCUCCCGUACCUUAUCCCUCAAGGGUACCAGUGCCAACAAAAAGAAGACCCAAGGAUGGGAACGAAGAGCUGCGAAUUUGGGCGUGAUGAAGCGGAGUGGAGGAGCACCUGCGGCUGGCUUCCUUGCAGCUCGCACCUUGUGCGCACGUCCAUCGCGCCGUAAGAUGGCGGCGACGAGUGGCCGUCACCCGACGCGUUCUUUUAACUUGGCCCUCGAGUCUCAAGCUGGUGCACCUGGCCAAGUCGUUCCACGUUCCUACCCCAUAGGAGUCACGUUCCUUCAUACUAGUGUUGUGCAACGAAAACCUUUCCCGCAUCCCACAAAUCUUUCUCCGUCUGCUCUGAUGCGUCGGGCCCGCUCUGUUGAUGCCGACCUCGUGUAA